GAUUUUUUCUUGUCAUUUUUACAUAUAUUAUUUUAAUGAUUUUAUAAUUGAUUUACUUAAUUAAAUAGUAUAUUAUUUCUAAUAUGCAACACAUUUCCAAACCUGAGGAGACUGAGUUGGAUAAUUUAAGCUUUAAGAAGCGCUUGGAGAAUGUAAAGUAUAACCUGGAGAAGAGAAUACAGUUGCCAUAUACAACAGAAGCCAAAAAUAAAGAGACUGAUUCGUUAUCCUCUUCACCAAGAUUUAAUAGGUCCUAUAUUGAUUUUGAUAUUGAAAGCUUAGAAAGAAACAAAGAAAAAAUAAAAAAUGCCAGAAGACUUCAUGAAAAGUUGAGCUAUAAGUAUCCAAGUCAAGACCAACUUUUCGAUCUUCACAUCGGUGAUUCGUAUGAUGUUACUCCUGUUACCAGUUUUUCGAACAUAUUGAAUAUGAAUGCAAUGUCUGUCAGAAAUGAUACGAAUUUCACAACCGAAGUUAGAGAAUUAUACAUGCCUAAGAGAAAAUGCAGUGUUCCUACACCAGAAAUCAAAUAUAAUAAAACUAUUCGCCGAGAAGAUAAGGUCGCCUCAAAAUUUGUCACACAACCUUUACAUAAAAUACUGCCUGAGAGUGUAUUUGAAAAGAAGUUUAGAUGUUUUGUCGAGAAAAGUCUACAAAGUUUAAACGAAAUAAGGAACCUUCUAGAUAAGGGUAUUGAACCACCAGAUGGCGAUGAAGAUAUAUCCAGAAGAAAAUUAAGAGUUAGAGAGUUUUCAAAUCGAUUUUCAAGGAACUAUCUUUAUCCAAUCGUCAGGCAGAUUGACGAAUUAAGUAAAUUUAAGCAAAUCCAUCCCACUACCAAUCAAAAGGUGUUAAACGCUUAUAAUGUUAUAUAUAACGGACUAGUAGCAUAUCAGAAUCAUCUUCCGACCUCUAUAGGUGCAUGUUCUUCCGAUAAACUUAAACUACUGCUUAAACACCUUAUGGAUCUUUGUGAUAUUCAUUUUAAACUUGUACCAAAAGAAGACGAAAAUGGUUACUGCGAUAUUAUACAGAAUUUUAAACAAAAUGCUGAAGUUACUCUUCAGAAAGUCGAAGAUAGGUUCACAAAAUACAAAGAAAUUAUUUCUAUUCCACCUAGUACUCCACAAUUUCAUCCUGAGCACAAACCAAAUCGAAUUAUCAAGAGAAAUAAAAAUAAUUUAGAAGACAGACUAUAUAUGUAUUCCACAUCAUCAAAAACGGUUGAAGCGUUUGGCAAAAAGAGAUUAAAUACAAAAUCCCGUUACAAAACAUCACAAUUUAAACAUAGGCCACUAUUGGAAAAGGUACGCAAUGGAGGUCCAGUUCAUCCAGUUAGUUCAAUAUCAAAUAAUUGUAAAAUUCUAACCAAGAAAUUAACUGGUAAUAUAAAAAAAUCAACUCUUCCUUCUCCAGUAAAUGAAGACAAUAUUUCUACUAUGAUUCAAAUGGUAAAUGUUGAUGUUAGGGACGAUUUGGAUGCUGAGAAAAAGGAUGAAACAAAAACAGAAAUUGUGAAUCAUGAGGAAAUUGUGGUGAAAUUGCUCCAGUUGGUACUGGAAAUGAAGGAGAGGAAAAAAGAUGACUGCGAUGAAAACGUUCAAAGGUCAAACGAAGAGAAAGAAACCCACAUUUUAGAGAAAAUUAAAGAAGGUUGUGACUACGAAGUUCUCAAAGAAAUACUAAACGAACUACAAGAAAAUAAAAUGAAACAAUGUAAUGGAGAUUUGGAGCUUAAAAUACAAAAAAGUGCAGAUUCUUUCACUACCAAGCCGUCCAGACUCCGCAAAGAAUCGAUAUUAACUACAGAUGACAUCAAAAUUACAAAGGUACCUUCAAUAAAAAGUGGCAGCUCUGUAGAGAGUGAGGAAGAACUAAAAGAUGGGCAAACCGAAAAAAUCAUUGAAGUGGGAUCCAUUCAUUCUGGUAAUAAGUCGGACUCAGAUAAAGAAAAUAAAGAAAGAGUUAAAAAAAAUUCUAUUUCGCUAAAUAUGAAAAGGUCAUCAAAGUCUUCUAAAUACUUGAAGAUGCUACCAAAGGAUUACGCUCUUAACAUAAUUCAAUACAAAAUAGAUUUUUAUAAACAUUGCAAAACCAAUCCCAUGUAUAGUACGACAAACAUUAGACCUUGGAUAUUAAUGAACAAGCUUUCAGACAAAAUACUCAACGUAGCUCUCCUUGGUGUUGCCAAAGAAGUAGAAAUAAGUGAAGUAGUAGAAAAAAUUUAUCAAUCUGAAUUGCAAUUUUGUUAAUAUUUAAAAAUGAUAUAUAAAUAAAAACAGUAGUAUGUGGUUGACCGUUUAUUCACAUUUAGAAGCUUAAAAUAAUUAAUGCUCUUGUUUUUAAAUCAAAAGAUAUUCGAGGAUACGUAUCUGUAAGUGUUAUGGCAAAUUUGAGUCCAUCUAGAAUAAUUUUUUCCGAGCUAUUUUAAUUGCAAUUAUUUAAAAUGAAUUUAUAAUGUACUUUCACGGUUUUACCUUGACAUUAAAUUGUGCUAAAAUAAGGUGCUACAUAACAAAGCAAUAACAUUUUUUCUAAAAUCUUAACUUACAUUUUUGCCAUAACUACUACAUAUAUAAGAAAACAGUAACCUUUUAAAUUACGGAUUCACGUUUUUGUACCUUCUGCGCUACAUAUAAGAAAAUGGAAGACAAAAAAGUGUUCAGUAGUUUCCAUUUCAAUGCUUUUGUUAUUAAUAAGUUUAGUUCCCUUUCAGUUUGCCUCAUAUGCCAAAUGAAUUACUAGUUGAAUUCAUUUAUUUCAUACACCCUACUUUCGAUGUCCACUCAAUGUGUAGAAUUUUUCUAUGCCUAUAUAAUAUAGAAAAAUUAUUUUUUGUUCUGUAAAUUCUGAUUUUUUAACUGUUACAAUUUGUAUAUUUGUUACAUAAAUUCUUAAUGGUUUUUUGCUAUAAGAUUGUAUUGAAAGUUUUUGACUUUUUGUAAAAAAUGUACUUUUUAACUUCCACAAAUAUUUAUAGCCGAAGUUACAAAAACUGAAAAACAAAUAUCAUAGAACUAUCUAUGAUUUAAAUCUACAUUAACUAGUAUAAUCAUAAAAAAUGUGUCUAUUAAUAAAAACUUAAAAUAAAUUCUAAAAUACUAGGUUUGGAUCAUACUGCACAUUAUACAUUAAUAUAUAUAAUAAAUAAGUUAUGUAAAAAGGGAACUUAAAUAAGUAAUUUCUCAAUUACAUUUCAUUAAUAUAAAUGAAUUAUUUAACUGGUACAUAAACUUCUGGUGGGUAUUGAAUACCCAAUAUUUUGCUGCAAGCUCCGAAUGCCGACAUUUUCUUUGCAGCUUUCUUGUUGGAAC